CAAUUCAAAUUAGAAGUAUGAUUGUCGUAGUACCCAAUGUCAGUUUUAAUGGCUUCUUAAAAGAGCUUUAUCGUGAUUUAAACUUGUGACUUGAACACGGAGACAAAUUCCUCGUGUUUAUAAAUACUCGACCAUGAAAGCGGAUUCUGAUUGGCACGGGCUUUGAUUUACUUUGGAAGUAACAAGCGGAAGAAGUACGCUUGUCCCUCGUGUGGCUUGAUGGUGCUUGUCACUCACAGCUGGCUAGUUGGCCGGCCUCAACUUGAGCAAUAGCCGUGCUGUGUCGGGAACGAGCAAGUCGCUGCAUGGAUUUCCCGGACUUGAACGCAACUGAGACGAACUAAAGAUACAGAAAGCUGAGAGGAGGAUGAAACCUCCAGGUCUUCAAAGACAUCUUCUUGUCUUUGUUGCUCCCCAUCUAUGGUGGCCCCAUCUGCCUCCCCAAAGUUAAACCCCCCCAAACACUCACGAGUGGACAGCCCAAAGGGUAGGAGAGCCGAGCCAGCCCCUGUAAAUAUGCCUGGAUGGAGGUCUCAGUGGCGUCUUGUCCUGCUGAACUCCCUUACCUGUGGCCUGGAGAUCUGCGUUGCAGCUGGGAUCACAUAUGUGCCCCCGUUACUGCUGGAGGCUGGUGUGGAGGAGCGUUACAUGACUAUGGUUUUGGGUAUUGGUCCAGUGCUCGGCCUCCUGUUCAUCCCUCUGAUUGGCUCAGCCAGUGACAACUGCAACAGCAAGUAUGGAAGAAGGCGGCCUUUCAUCUGGCUGCUAUCUCUGGGAGUCCUCCUGGCACUUUUUAUCAUUCCCCAUGCCGACAUCCUGGCUGCACACCUUGCCUGGGGAGGACGCACUUUUCAGGUGGGUUUCCUAAUCCUUGGAGUGGGCCUUCUCGACUUUUGUGGACAAGUUUGCUUCACGCCAUUGGAGGCGCUAUUAUCGGACCUGUAUCGAGAUGGGGAGGACUGCAACCAAGCAUUUGCAAUGUUCUCCUUCAUGGUCAGCUUAGGAGGCUGUGUGGGAUACUUGCUUCCUGCAUUAGACUGGAGCCACAGCCUGCUCUCGGUUUACCUUGGAGGCCAGGAUCACUGCCUCUUCUUUCUCCUCAUCCUUAUCUUUAUAACCAGCCUACUCAUCACUAUGAAGGUUUCCGAAGAACCUUCCUGUACUAUCAACGACUCGGCCGGUGCUGCAUCUUUGCUGGAGCCGGGAAUGGGGACAAAGGAGGCGGGCCAGUGUGGUGUGCCUCGCUCUUGCUGCUACCUUCUUAAGUGCAAGUUGAGGCUUGUGAAGUCGGGACCUGUGCUAUGCUUGCUGAGAACGUGCUGGUCCAUGACCCCUGCCAUUUACAGGAGCUACUGCCAUGUCCCGCGGGUCAUGUGGCAGCUGUGUGUGGCUCAGCUCUGUAGCUGGAUGGCUGUAAUGUCCUUCAUGCUCUUCUUCACAGUCUUUGUAGGGGAAGGUCUGUAUGGUGGCGUUCCCAGCGCGGUACCAGGAAGUGUGCCCAGGGAAAGAUACGACGAAGGUAUCCGUAUGGGAAGUCUGGGUUUGUUCCUCCAGUGUGCUACUUCAACCUUCUUCUCAAUGGUCAUGAGUCGAAUGGUUCACCAUUUUGGAUCCCGCUGGGUGUAUUUGAGUAGCAUGGUGAGUUUCACGGUGUCUGCUUUGGUCAUCUGCCUAUCUAAAAGCGUGGUCCUCGUCACAACCAUGGCGGCCCUGACCGGCUAUGCCUAUGCUGCGCUGCAGACAUUGCCCUACGCCCUCACCUGCCACUACCACAAGGAGAAGAAGGUAUAUAUGCCAAAAAGGAAAGCCAAAAACACAGGUAAAAAUGGUUUUGCAACCAAGAGAGACUAUUUGACUCCAGCAGAAGAGGAGGGCUUACUAAACGACACGGUUGACCCUUCCUUUGGAAAAGUCUUCUUCAGCCAGGACGGUUACUACGCUGCUCGCCUCAACCAGAACGGCUCAGCUCACAGCCCCGCCGGCCCUGAGCCUGAGGACCCGGAGUCGGGAUAUGAAGACCGUGGUGUGGGUUUGGACUUUGCCAUCUUAGAUAGCACCUUUCUCCUCUCUCAGGUUAUCCCCACCCUCCUCAUGGGCACUAUUGUUCAGUUCGCACAAUCAGUCACCGCCUAUAUUGCCUGCUCUGCAGUCUUAGGCGUUGUUGCCAUCUGUUUAGCCAAUCAUAUUGUCUUUGACCAAAAGGACCUCAAAGGCUGUGACUCAGAUGGGAAACCUAUGGGAAAGAUCGUGGAAUAAUGGAGGGGGGAGGAGUGUCGACAAUGCAAUUGCUUAGUAUCCCGGGAGGCCUUGCUCUAUUUUUAUGUUAUUUGCACCUUAUCAAAAGCGUGCCAUUUAUAAGGCAUUGUAGAAUGAGUGAACAUGUCAUCCGGGACGUGCCGCUAGUUUAAAUAGCCACAGGUUUUGCCCCGUUGAAUGAGGGUUUUCCCUUUUCACCACCAAAUAUAUUUACACUCUAUUCUCAGAUGUAUACAGGGUAUAAAAGGUGACAUCAACAGGGAGGAGUGUUGCCUUGCUUCUUCACUCACCUGACACACCAGAUGUUUUAUUUCACAAACCCAUCUGAGGCUUUGGACGAAUUAUCUGUUUCUCCAAUGUAUUGGGAACGCUGCCACCUCCAAAAUAGCACUAGGCAAAAUCACCCUCUAGUUGUCUUUUCUAUUCCGUUCAAGGCCAUUGAGCAGUUGGAAUAUUUUUAACCAAUCCAAAUGAUAACACUCCUAAGCCAGGCACGGUGAUAUUUGGCAGAUGUUAUACAUGUAUUUUUGACAUUUCUGUUGCCUUGCUGGGAACCAAUGAAAAAAAAAUUAAAUUAAAAAAAAAAUCCAUAGUGAUCUUUAUACCUGGCUCUGGUUUACUGUCAAUUAUGACAGUAACAACAACAAUCUCAUUGGUGCCACAGAGACACGCUUAGCCUAACAAUUGUGCCACAUACCACACGAAGUGAUUACAACACACCCCUCCCAUAUCGUGUCUUAUUUAAAAGAGUCAAGAGAGCUAUGUAGUAGAUUAAAUCAAAUCCAUGUAGGAGCUAGGAGCUUAUCAGAAAUGGUUGAGCUGGCAGUUUAUUAGAACUGGACGAUAGAUGGUCCAAAUAGUAUGAAAGUGGACAGCUCUAUCUCUGAUCAGGACAAACAUCUCAGGUUUGCACUUUACCGUAGUGCCCUCUUCUGUCUCAAAGCCGCUGAUAUUCCUUGCUGCGCCUCCGUGCUUUGACGUAAUUAUGACCCUUGACAAUCUAGGACUCCCAGAUGCGCUUUUAUACGCAAUAGUGCUGUAAAUGGUAUUCACAUAUUUUAUCCAUUCCCAAAAGACCAAAUCAUUUGCUCAGUAAACUGUUUGGUAACUAAAGAUGACAGUAUGCACUGCGGAAGACGAGCCUGUGUGUGUGUGUGCGUGCGUGUGUGUAUGUGUGUGUGUCGCACGGUUUCGUGUCAUGCUCAGUGAUCUCUGUUGUAAUCACCAGGCUGUUUUCAUUCGAGCAAUUUGUAUUUGCGUUCAGAUUCUCUUUAACCAGGUACAUGCAGUCGGCCUUUCGAUGCCCGAGAUGUGUUAAGUGUUGUUGUUGUUUUUAACAAACAAGGAUAGUUUUGUCCCAGAAUGCAAAGAAAAAUAUUGUCCAGCAGUAGCACAAUUGUCGAAAAAGUGCCUGUAUGUUUUUCUGCCUUUUGUACAUAAGUAUUUAUUUAUAAUGCUUUUAUUGGGGAAACAGAGUUUUUAAGAUAUUGGCCUUUGGCAUCUGCUCUAGGUGCAAGGAUGAGGGCUAUUUUUGUGAAAGAAAAAAAACUAAAUUAUUUGUACAGUGAUGUGCAACAAUCCUCGGGCUCCUAACUUAUUUUAACAUGAAAACUUUCUUCUGGAGCAUCUGCUGUUUGCUUUCACACUUUAUUUGCCAUGCUGUUGGAUCUUGUUUAUUUUGCCAGCACUGCUUUGAUUACCACUACAAUUCUAUUUUUACAUUCUUUUUUUUUUUCUUUGAAGGCGGAAGUUAAUUUUAGGCCCCCAAACAAGAAAGUUGUCGGAUUUUUAAGCCAGUGCUAAGUGCCAAAUUCAGACUCUUGAAAUUUAUGAUGACUACAUUUUUAUAACCAUGUACCACAAAAUAUUACUGCUUGUUGUCACUGAGGCAUAAUUCCAUGAGACAUUUUACACCCAUCAUAUUACUCUGUAAUAAAUGUGAUCCCUAAACAGUUUUAGAAACAAUAAAAAAUGAACUGGC